ACUCCAAGGAACAGAACUCCUCCAGUUUUCCAGCAGUAACGAAGGACAGCAAGAUGGACCCCAGGUGUAAAGCAGUGGAUGAAGACCAGGAGCUCGUGGACUGGCGUAAACCUUUGCUGUGGCAAGUGGGCCACUUGGGGGAGAAGUAUGAUGAAUGGGUGCAUCAACCAGUGGAUCGUCCCAUUCGCUUAUUCCACUCGGAUUUCAUUGAAUCUCUCUCCAAAACAGCAUGGUACACAGUCUGUGCCGUCUGGCUUCCGCUGGUGCUUUAUCUCAGCUGGCAUAGCUACACGUCGCUUGCGAAGGGAGAAACCUGGCUGUUUUCUACCUUCACAACAGCAUAUUCCAUCCGUGUUCAGAAGACCUGGUUCCCGUUGCUCUUCAUUGUGGGGAUGUGCAUGUGGUCCUUAGUCGAAUAUAUCAUCCAUCGCUUCAUCUUCCACAUGAGUCCGCCAGCCAACAACUACUACCUGAUCACACUGCAUUUCAUGCUCCAUGGUCAGCAUCAUAAGUCUCCAUUUGAUGGAUCUCGCCUGGUCUUUCCACCUGCACCAUCAUCCCUGGUCAUUGCCUUUUUCUACGUUCUCGCCAGAGUUGUAUUUCCUGAAGCAUUUGGGACCUCCCUCUUCGUCGGGGGGCUCUUCGGCUACGUUGUCUAUGACAUGAUGCACUAUUACUUGCAUUAUGGGUCACCAAAGAAAGGCAGCUACUUGUAUGAGUUGAAAGCGUACCAUGUGAAGCACCAUUUUGAACACCAGAACGCAGGCUUUGGCAUCACCAGCAAAUUCUGGGACCAUCCGUUUCAGACGCUGAUCCCAGAGGAAACCCCUGAGAAGGAAGACUAGCACCCGUUACUCUCCUGCAUGGUCUUUGGCUCCUGUUUUGCUUUCCUCUUGCAAGCCUCGGAUGCCGCCCCCUGGGACUCUGCAGAGCUUGGAAGCCUGGGACCUGAGGAGAGAGGGGACUGUCCUUCUGCUGUGCUGCUUCUUUGUAACAUGGUUCUGCUGUGCAGGUGACCUUCUGGGAGGAGCCCUGCAAAGACUAAUGGAGACGGAAGACCAAGGUGGUGUUGCUGAGUGUCUUAGGCAGGAUGCAGUGGCAAGGGGCAAACUCUGCCCAGCUCAGCACCUUGAGAUCAAAGUAGAACUCUGGUUUCAGACACGUGUAAGAAUUUCAUUGUUGAGCACAUGCCACAGCUGACUUGGAGGACUGGUAUCCUGUGAUGUGUUGAGCGGUAGGCAAACUGCUCUGGCUCUUAGUAUUCCUGAUAUCUAGCAUAGUGUUUGGGUGGUGGGUGCAGGAUUGCAUAAUGGUGCAACCCUGUUGGCAUCCUUUCUGUGUAGACAAUGGGCAGUGGUCUAAGUCCAGCUUGUUGCAUGCCACCUAUUUGGCUGACCUCUCCAGGGGAAUCACUAGGGGGAAAGACUGCUGAUUUCCCACAAGCUGGCACCAGGUGUGCGGAAUGGCCACCCCUUUUAUGCUCAGUGUGAUUCUGAUCUCUUUAGAGCAGAGCCCUGUGGGUUCUGGAUUUGCUAUGCAAGUGGCUGGAUACAAGCCACCGGAGCUAGAAGUUAUUUAAGAGGUCAUCAAGUGUAUCUCCCUGUCCAAAGACGGAGGAUCUGGCACCAAAGAGUCCCUGACUGGUCCCUAUUCCAUUACUAAUGCAACUUCUCAACCCAGAAUUUGGGGGUGAAGUGAGAUUGUAGUACAUAGCCUGAUUUGGAACUGCUUGAGUUUGGGGACUGACUUGGUUGCAGACUGAAGUUGGUAGGCAGAGGUGGGAUUUUAAAGCAAAACCAGGCAAGCAAGAAAACAGAAAGAAGGGCGAGCCCCUUUCAGAAAAAUGACAGAUAAAUUGCCACAAAUUGCAUAUUGCAGAAAAUCAUUUAUGCAAAAAACAGUCCUGCUUGAGUCAAAUGCAAAAAGCCAACAUCUGUCCAAAAAGACGCUGCCUAGGAAUCCUCAGAAGAUCAUAUUGGGUCAACUGACUUCAGCUUUGCUUUGUAUACACUACAGUAUUCACAAUCUGAUUAAUCUGCAAAACCACAUUGGGCUGUCAAUGAGCUGUAUUCUGAACCCACUGAUGUGCCUUACUUCUCCUCCUUUGAUGGGAUGGCAGCCUUUCACUUGAUGUGCCAUGUUCCUUAACCAUGACAUUUGAGAAACUGUCAGUGAUCCAUAAUUGUUAUACACGAAGUGCAAUAAAAUAAAAUACUUAGUCCAGUGUA